AUGAGCAACACCUCUGCCCAGCCUGCCGAAUCAAAACCCGUCGAAAAGAAAACCGACGAAAUCCCAUGGGAAGAAGACCCAUUUUUUGCCACUGAAAUGCCAGAAGGAGGGAACGCUAUGUUUGACGCUUUGGCUGCUUUAAAAUACGAAGGCACACCCGACGAACAAGCCACCAAUUUUCGAGACCAUGGAAAUGAGUUGUUUCAAGUUGGUCGUUAUAAAGACGCUGCCAUCUGCUACACCGAUGGUAUUCAAGCCAAACCAACAGACAUUGCUCUCUUUGGUGCGCUCUAUGCGAACAGAGCAGCGUGUCAAUUGAAAUUAGAGAACUAUGGACGAGCGUAUGAAGACGCAUCCGAGUCUUUGAAACUGGUUCCCAACAACAUCAAGUGCUAUUACCGAAUGGCGACUGCAAAAACACGGUUACAUCAAUACGACGAAGCGCUUGUGUGUAUCGACCUUGGUCUUAACUUGAAUAAGACCAACGCCGACUUACUCAAACUUCGUACGUUCUGCGUUGAGAUGAAGAAACGGACCGCUGUCGAGAAACCGCAACCAAAGAACUAUGAGAACUUUUUGGCCAAGAAAGGUAUCACACAGAAGAAGUUUGAUCUCAUGAAUGACAUGAGUGUCUAUAUGCCACUUUACAUCAAUUACGACAAACAAAGCGGAUUCUUAAAAUUCCCUCUUAUCGUGUUAUAUCCACAAGACGAUCAAAGCGAUUGCUUGAGAGACUGUUCGUCAGAUACACUUCUCCGUGACAUUCUUUACACUUUGAUGGAAGACGGACUCCCUUGGGACAAGAAAAAGAGAUACAACCCAGAAACGUGCGUCGUUUGCGUCCAACAGAAAGAUAGUGAAGAGCAGGUCAUCGUACCAAAAGAAGCUAAAAUGUUUAAUUUGCUAAAGAACUAUGGAGUCCUCUUCAAAACAGCGGCAUUUGUGUACGUCUUCCCUAAAAACUGA